AUGUCUGACGUUCUGAAAGCAUUGGAUUUACAUAAAUUUGAUCAAAAGAUUUCCUUUUCAACUGAAAAAUGCCUUACUUAUGUAAGGCGAGCUAGUGUUCAACAGGAGAACGUUGCUUUGACUGUUGAUAUCCCAUACAAGUACCUAGAGCACUGGUAUGACUUGAAGCAAGAUGUCAAACUUGCUGGGUGUUCGUACGUUGAAAUAUUGAACGCAUUUGUAUCGCAGAAUGGCAUCGAGAUAAAGCUAGAUUGUGAAAGAAUUGAUAGCGCUCUACAUAAAUAUUGUGGACUAGUUAAAAGCAAAGGUAGACAUCUGCGUGGCCGUGCAAGAGACAUGCACUUGUCAAAAUCUAAAAAUAUUUCAGUUUUCCAGAAGGAAAUUGCAAGGGUGUCUGAGGCGAACGAGGCACUAACAACUGCACAUGCAGUUCAGCAUACCUUGGCCCAAGAGAAUGAUGAUUUUCAGCAAGCGAUAUAAGGAACUAUUGAGCGAGUUCGAAACAUUACAGCGAACCAAGGAACAAACUGAAAAAGAACUACAAUGUGUGAAAAAGGAUUAUGAGGAGGAGACAAACAUAAAUAAAGAACUCAGAGAUUACAUUGAGAAAAUUGGAAUCCCAAACAAAUAUUGUAAGAACACUGGAAAAGAUAUACCAGAUGUAGGGAAAAGACAACAAUGCCGCAAACUAAAGGACUUGAAAACACAAGUUGAAAGAAGUCUGUGGUUUGCUGAAACAUAUGGAUUAAAUUUGGAAUCCUUAAAAUUACUUGACAAUGAUGGUGCUGAUUAUGUAUUGGAAUUUAAAGACAAGCCACCAAAGAGGAAUUUCAAAGAUUUACCUGAAGCUGAACAGAAAAAAAUUAAAGAGGUCCUUUUGAUCCAGGACAAGUUUUGUAUAGGUGAAGCUGCAUACCAUGAACUGACCAUGAUUCCAGCAGGUGAGACGCUGCCCCAGUCCUAUCUUGUUAAGCAGUGCAAGGAUUCUUUAAAUCAGCUGUGUCACAUUGAGCGGACACCAGGGAAAAAUGAAGGUGCCCAGGUCAACUUUGAUGAUGCACUCAGGAAAGCAAUCCAAAAGCAUGCAAGUUCAUUAGUUGAUAACUCACUAUCAAUGUUUUGUUUGUGUGCCAUUGUACAGUAUGUUAACUUAAAAUAUAAUUAUAGGAAAAAUUUUACCUGCAAUUUUAUUUCACUUUUUAAUAGAUGAGAACCUGCACAGCCAAUGGUACAAGUCCUCCUCCAAGAUAUCGUAUCAAACUAAGUGGAGAUGGUGCUAAAAUGACCAGGCUCACUGGCUUUGUAGUAAUAUCAUUUUCAGUUUUGGAUGCUGGAGAUGCUGUAAUGUCUCCCAAAGGUUAGCUUGCAUACAACUGGUCUUUUAUCCCUAUAAAUUAUCAUAUUUCUAAAUUAGGCACAGUGGGAAUUAAAUGUCUAGUAACUGCAAUGUUUCUCACCACGCCCUGCCUUGUUAUUUUAAAUGUCAAAUGUAUUUCAUGUGAAUUCAUGGUUGUAUGAUCAUUGUACGGUAACAGCUUUGUUACACAUUUAAUCAACUUUUAUUAAAAGUUUUAGGAAUUAUUGAGCACUGGUAAUGUUACCCCCCUUGCUCAUCACCCUAAGUGUAUUGGUGUCCAUCACUGCUGUUUAGUUGGGUACCGGUACUUGGGCAUGGGCACUUGGGUAAUGUAUACCACAAUCCAUUCUGUACCUUACUUUGAUAUAUAAACUUAACUUUGCUUUCCAGGAAAUCACACCAUUGCUGUGAUAAAGGGAAAGGAGUGCUAUGAAACACUGCAGUCCUCAUGUAGUAAAAUAUUCAGUGAUGUUAACAAAAUUGUGGAAACUGGUGUGCUAGAACUCGAUGACGAUUUGAUCCCAAUUGAUAUGUACUUGGGUGGAGACUACAAGGUGUGGCAUUCUUAUUAAGGAUUUUGAGAAUGUAUGAUAUGUUUAUAAAUACUCUAGUACCGUAUACAAAAAAAAAUUGAGCAUUUAUUGAAAUUUUUCAUUUCUUCACAGUUUCUUUUAUUACUCAUGGGUAUGAAAGGAGCAAUCUCUGAUUAUGCCUGUAUCUGGUGUAAAAUCCACAAGAUGCUAAGGUAUGAAAUAUUGAAAUCAAAUAUACAUUAUAAAUUAUAAAUUAUAGUAGCACAAUUUUUCACAAUACUGACUCAUACCAGUUUCACUAUACCUUUCCAUGUCUCUUGUUAACCAUUACAUUAAGCCACAAUGUGUCAUGCUAUAUUACUUUGUUCUUCCUGCCUUAUCCAUGCUAGUCUAUGGAAAGGUGUUGCCAUGCUGGGUGUUAUUGUCAUAAAUUUCUAUGAAAGUUUUGCAUAUUUAUGUCCACUAUAGAUAUGAUAUGACAAAACCUCAAGAUUUUUACUGGAUGGCAGAUAUUAAGCGAACAUUAGAAGACAUCAGAAAAUGUUGCUUAAAGAGGCAGUUUUCUUGUGAUCACCCACCCUUGCUCAAUAUACCGCUGGAGAAUAUUGUUCUUGAUGAGUUGUACUUAAUGCUUAGGAUUACAGGUAAAUAUACAGCCCCUCCUCCCCUGUGGUGCCUAAACACAUAAUUCCUAAUAUUUUUAAGUUAAACUCCUCAAAUAGAAAACUUGUGUCCCCCCCCCCAAACCAAACAAAAAAAGAGAAAUAUAUAUUCACCUUCCUUGUCAAAUGAAACUAUACAGACAUUAGGAAGUCUAUAUUUUUAACAGAUAAACUCACUAACAAUUUAAUUACCGAGGCGCUCAGCAGGGAUAAGAAGGACAAUUUGAAUAAGGCACCAUGCAAUCGAACUUCAACUCAUCUGGACAACUUAGUGAACGCCAUUCGUAGUUGUGGCAUCUCAUUCAAUGUGUGGGAAAAGCCAGAUGCAGAUGGUCGAGGAAGUGGAAUCUAUGAUUUCACCAGCCUAAUGGGCACAGACAAGAAGAUAAUGCUUGAAAAGUUGCCAUCCAAACUAGAUGGUGUUGUCACUCCUGCUACAUGUGAUACAGUUAUAAGACUUUGGAAGGUACAGUAUUCCCACAAGGUAUAUUUUUAUGCAAGAAGAUUCAGUUUUGCAGUCCUGUGCAUACAGUCAAAGACUGUGGGGUCGCUUGGCAGAUAUUUGCCAUGGUCUAGGUAGCUGUUAGAUUGUGCGCACUAUGA